UAUGGCGGACAAGUUUGGACGUAAUGUUUUGGAUGGUAACAGAUUCAAGAUGUGAAUUCGAAUUGACAAGAGAUGUUUAAAAUGCUGUCGAUACCCUGGCAAUGCUUUAAAAUACAUUAGCAAUGGUAAAAAAGAAGGCAAAAUCUUCGAAGUCAGCCAAAAGACGGGGAUCAUGGCAGAUGGAAGAUGUUCAAGUGCACACAGGCCUGCCCCCUCAAGUGGAUGGCCAGUUGCGUUGCUUCUGUCGACUGACCAUCGAUCAAAUCCAUUGGCAUUCCCCUAACCCGCCUGAUGUGGCACAUGUCAGGGUGAAGUGGUGGGGUGAGGACGGUGAUGGAGGUUUGUUCAGACCACUGAAUGUGAAGAAAGGGGAUAAGGGUCCAGCAAAGGUAACAGCUAGGUACCCAGUGAGGUCUGGUCCACGACAGUUUGCAUCUUACCUGGUUGACAUGGGUAGUCUGGUGGUGGAGAUUCUUAGUGGACCAACGAUGAUCCCUGUGGGACAAGCUGAAAUCACGCAGAUAGGACUUCUGUCUAACGUCAGACCUAUUGAUGGAUUGUACCCAGUAUUAUCUCCUAGAGAAGAAAAGCUGGCUGAAAUCCAUGCGUCUUUGGUUUUGGAAUCUUUAAUGGCCUCGUACGACAGCACUGGGUCCAUUCCAACAACAGACAUCAGUAUGGAAACCCAUGCAACACAAGAGUCCAUGUACCCACAGAGAGUUCAGCCUAUCCCUCACUCCCAGGCUCCUCAGAAGCCUGUGGAUGAUCCGUUCGUCUCCCCUGCAUCUCAUCAAAAUGGCCUACAGAAUGGUUAUGCCGACCGGUCGGAGGACCUGCGUAAACAGUUAAACUACAGUCUACAGGAAACAGAAGAGAGACAGCUGUCAGGCAUACAGUCAGGAAGUACCGUGGCCAUCACUACCAAUGGAGAUGUGGUCACUACCAACCUCGGUCAGGACUUACAGUCGUCACCACAGAAUCAUCUGGCAGGCAGGCAUUCCCAGUCAGACCUCCUGUCUGUGCUGCUGGACCGUGGCAACAAGUUGCGGGACCAGAUGAUCAUCUCCUCUGUAGACGAGGCUGAACCCCAGACCGGUGUGAAACAGACAUACAUGUCUUGUGGAGAAGAGGAACAAGGAAACAACUACACUGGCAUGUCAGAGAGGCGUAGUUCAAUGGGAAGUCUACUGAAAGAGAUUCUUAAGGCAGAAAGAGGAACAGCUGAUGUCUCACAGACGGACUAUGAUCCUGUUGACUUGGUGUUUGGCAACCAACUGACAGACAACUUGCAGGUACUGAAAAUGAUGGGAGGGAGUCCUAGAUCUAGUGUGUCGCAGGACCUAGACCUGAUGAGUGACCCUGGUGAUCCUGUCCACAGCGAAUCCAUCCUUCAGGAACUAUUCUACAAAAACCCGGACAGUGAGGUGAGUGAACUCAGUGAACUCAGUGGAGAUGAGAACCCUGCCCCAUUUAAGCAACAAAACGGUGAACUGCAUACUUCAAUGGAGGAUCCAGCUAAUGUUAGGCCUCCAUCAAGACGAUCGUCUGUAUCUAGCCUUAGUUUAGAGUUUCCUGAAUAUCUCCCAUCUGAGGAGGUGGAGGUUAAAAAGAAGAAAAAGAGGAAAGAAGAAGCUUCAACGAAAGUUCCCAAGAGAAGGUCUCGUGUUAAGACGAAAGUGAAGGGAGGGAAAAAGCGGAGGCGGUCCCGCAGUAGUGCCCGUAGCAGUGCUAGCGAGGCCAGUGACAGCGAGUUGAUGACUGCCCGCUCAGAGAUGUCGCAGGUUUCCUUUGACAUGCCAGCCUCGGACCUGGAUGAACCAGAGGAAGAUAAGCCAGUGCGGAGAAAGCGAGUCGAUGGCCUCAGUGUGGAGCGAUUAACACUACUGGGGAGGGUACAUGUGGCCAGAGUGAUCAUAGACGCCCUACACCUGGCAGGUGCUCAGGACCUCAACUCCUCCAAGAGGAAGAACAAGGCUGGAGGGAAACCGCCCAAACCCUCUCCAAAAGCCAAGAAGUCGGUGACAUACUUCAUAGAGUACCAGUUUCCUGUUGUGGCCACUUCCAGGGAUAAGUAUUCACCUAAUGCUAUGGCAACCGAGGUGAUGCGGGUGGCUUCCAAAAAUUUGAAGGACGGAGUGGUCAGCUUCAACCAUCGCUCUGUGUUUCCCAUCAUGUUUGAUGGUAGUGCUGUGGAGAAGUGGUGGAAGUCUGCUCUCAUCUUUAAGCUGUUCUCGCGUACUGCAGGACAAAAAGUGCCAACGUUGGUGGGCAGCUGUGGGAUCCCGCUCAAAAGCAUUCUACGGUCAGACAACCUACAAGUUGGCCGAGAGCUGGAAAUCAGGGAAAGUGGACGCAACUCGUCCAUAAAUUCCUCACUCCGGGGCAGUCUUGACACCUUCUACGGCUCACUUAAGGUGUCCAUAGAACUCGCAUCAGACAGUAAAGAUUUCUCCUCUGCCCUUGCCAGAGCCAAACUGGCAGAAAUGAGUGGGAGGGCCAAGUUUGUGCCGAUACCUCAGACCGUGCCCCCUCCCCCUCCCCCGCCUGUACAGUUAGAUAAACCACCACUACCCCCAGACUUUAUACCUAGUGCUCAAAAUACUCAGCUGUCUUCAACGGUGCUACCAAAUUAUACCUCACAUGUAAAUACAGAUACACAGACUGCCAGUCUGGGACCUCAGUUACCUGCCCCUGGUCUGCCCCAACCUCCUUAUUUGGAGCCCUACCACAUGGCCUCACAAGCCAAUGCAGAGGCCAUGACUCUGCACACAUUACUGCUGAUACCGGAGGGUCACAACAUCUCGCUACAGGGUAUCCCAUCCCUGUCAUCCAUCAAACGACACCCUGUCUUCCCACCCCAACCUCACACCUUAUCUAGUGAAGGAAUGAAAUCUCGGGAUAUGAACACCAGGAAUACCUACCUUGUGUGUCGGAUGUUCUGGUGCAACGAUGCUGUCCACUCCAAUGUCUGUUGGGGAACAUUUGAACCCCAAUUCAACUUUGGACAGAUUGCCCCUGUGUUGUUGUCCGGGUCCUUAUUGGAGAGGAUGAGGAACAACUUCAUGGUGGUAGAAGUCUGGGACAAGAAGACAUCUGCUGAGAAUGACCAGUUAAUUGGAAUCGUCAAAUUGAGCUUACAUCAGUUUUAUAUGUCCUUUCGAGACAACAAGAUAUCCAAUGCCUUACUGAAAUCACAGUAUCCUGUGAUAUCAGUGGACAAUUACCUGCCCAUUGUGGACCCUAUGAGUGGGUCACAGUUUGGUCAGCUGAAGGUUCUACUGGCCAUGGGCUCCGGGGAACAGGUUACGGAACUACAGCAGCUCAAACUGGAUGGUCCGAUGGUGAGGCCACCAGAACGGCCACAACACUUCUUGGAAAGGGAGGACAUGAUGAGACAAGGCAGCCUUGCUCCAGUGUACAGCCAGCCAAGAGCAGAUAAUUCUGUGGAACACAUAUUUGAGGUGGUGAUAGAAGGUAUCCGUGGCCUGGCUCUAUUUGACAACAUGAUCUGGGGCGAGGCUGACUGUUUUAUACAGUAUCACUUCCCAGUACAGCCACCCUCCGACCAGCCGGGUACAGGGCCUGCCAACGAUGGUAUACCCAGUAUGAAAUCGUUCCGGUCUGCUACAACUCUUUGUAUUCCUGAUCCUACAUUUAAUGAUAUUACACGUCACAGAAUAGUGCUAUCCCAGGGGACUCCGGUACAGCGGCAGUUACUUACAGCCUGUGCCGGAGCGGGAGGAGGCAGUGGGGGUGUGCCGUUUGAAGUGUGGUGUCGGUACUACCACCCCAACAUAAGGGACCAGUGUAUAGCUAAGGCCAGUCUGCCCCUUGCAAAGCUGUGUGCCAUGGUGACCAUGCAGAAGAGAGGCGAGUCAUCAGUGCAGUCAUUUGCUCUCCCACUUAAACAAGUGGCAGUGGAUACAGAGUUUUCAGAUGCCAGGGCAAAAUCUCAGGUGAAAGAAUCUGGACUUAUGGAUGUUACAAUACACUACAAAACACAAAAUAUACAGAGUGAACAGAACCAAGCGGCCAAUAAGAAUCUGUCGGGCGCCCAGAUUUGUAUAUCUGUUGGCGUCAUCAGGGCCUCUGGACUCAAGGCUGCUGCUGAAGCGAUUGCCCGUCUGGACUCUGGGAUGCAGUACCCUGCAGAGGUUGGCGUCAACACCUACAUUAAGAUCCGCAUGUCAUUCCUACCAACAGAGGAUGAGAGGAUAACGAGGACCAUUGCCAGGACAUUUGCUCCGGAGUUUUCCCACCACAUGGACUUUCCUUGUCCUCUGUUGUGGACAGAAGCAGACAAUGAUGCCCUGGCUCUGGCUGAGAUCCUGGAGACCGCUGAGCUGACGCUGGAGAUGUGGCACCAGGUCCCUGGGCUGUCGUCUGAUUUAGACAGACAGAUUGCUCAGCAGACCACCCACGAGGUCCAAGGUCGGCGCCUAGUGGAGAAAACACAGGAUGUGUUACUCGGAACUGCAACACUGUCUCUGGCCGGUCUCCUCACCAACCGUACAGGUAUCAACGGGUGGUUCGCUGUCAACCUGCCCUUGAUUGGCUGGCGACAGGAUGCCAGUCAGGCAGAAGAUGAGGAGGACAGGACUGUACCUUGUAACCAGGGCCUAGAACGUGUUGUGGGUGGAGUCGAGCUGUCAGUCAAGUUUGCCCACCACAACGACCGUGACCGUGUGGUCCAUGCCGCUCGAGGAGUGGGGUGGUCGCCAGUUGACUUGGACGUGGAGGAUGAGGAGGACUGGCAGAGUGAUGAUGAGGGAUGCGGUCAGUACCACCAGAUCACUGUGUGUAUGGAUCAGGUGAGCUUCCCUAUACAGAACGCCCUGAUAGCUGGACAGACCAAUCUGGACAAAACUGCCCGGUGCUACAUCCGAUACAAAGUCUACGAUAGAAGUGCAGUGGUGUCGAGGAGUGUUAAGUGUCGGAUACUAGACACAGGCUAUAUCCUGUCUCACUGUGAUCACAAACACGAAUUCCAGAUACCAAUCAGCUCUCCAUUUAAAUGGUACCUGCGAGAGGAGAAGUUGGAGGUACAGGUGUGGGUGAGCUAUGGGAAGAAGGACGGUAAUCAGAAGUCGCAACACAGGGAUAAGCUGAUCGGUACCACCUACAUAGAGCUAGACGCUCUCAACGACGAGCGCCGCAGACAGCAUAGGAUCAGUGGCAUGUUUCCCCUGUACAAGCCAGGUGCAGCUAGUCUCGGAGGGGCCUUCCUCAGGGCACACAUAACUGCUAAACCACAGUUUGGAAGUGUUACCAAGCAAUCUGAUGAUGAGGCAGACGAGAAAGUGUCAGAGGGGGAAGUAGAUGAGGAGUACGACCCCAAUGACAGUUUCCAUCAGAUCAUGGGGAAGAAGAAAUCCAAGUCAAGCACAGAUGUGCCACACCUUGAGCGUGUGGAGGAGGAUUCUGUAGUCCCUCACUUCCCCGUUAUCGUCUCUGUUGAGCGUGCCAUGCAUUUACCUCUGAUCAGCGACAAAAAUAGAUCUGAGGAGUACUUCCCCAAUACUUAUGUGUCUUACCAGACGUCCGAAAGUGCUAGUCCUGCAUAUACUCAGGUCUUCUACAACUCGGACAACCCUGUCUGGGACGACCAACAGGAGACACGACUCAGCACCGAGCUUCUCUACCAGGAAAACAAGAAUCUGGUGUUCAAAGUUUGGCAUAAACCACAGAGUGCCUCCAAGGAUCCCGACAAAUCCUCUGACCGAGUGCUAGGGUUUGUGUCCGUGGAUCUGACCCCACUGACCUCGGGACUUCUACAGAUCUGUGGCUGGUACAAUGUCAUGGACUUCCAUGGUCAGUGCCGCGGCCAAAUCAAGGUGAAUAUUGUCCCACAGGAUGAUGUGACACGCCAUGUACAGGGCAUUUCUGGUCAGCCAGUGGCCAUGUCUUUCUACAACCAACCAUCCAGCCUGCCCUUCACCAUUAACUCCUCCGUCCAGAACACCAUGCCCUCGGAACAGCCAAUGUCCCUCCCAACAGAUCUACGCCCCUUCUCCUCCAAUCUGCCCAACUUUGACCAGGUGCGAGAACACCAGGAACAAUUACAGCAUCAGCUGAGUGAAAACAUUCGCCAGUUCCUGCGUAACCAUGAAAUGUCAUCACAGGAUUCGCCCGAGGAGUCGCCGCGCCCUGAGGUGUCGCCCCACUGGCAGCCUCCAACACUCAACGACAUCAGGGUGGACGACAGCGCCGCUUGUUCACGUUCCAUUAUGUUCUCAUCCCUCAGGAAACAAAUGCAAGAUUUGGAUGAUAUCACAUCAAAGUUAAAAAAGAAGCUUGCCUCGCCACCAUCUGUGAACAAUUUCUCUAUUCAUCAAGGCCGAUCAGAAUUUCCCGACACUGAUAACAUGAGGAAUGCUCCAAUCCAGUCCAUCAUAUCCCCUCUGUCCACUCUUCAGUUGACAUCAACACUACGAGCCAAUGACAGUGAGUUACUAUUAACAGGAUCUCACGAGGGAGAGUCUUCGCGGACCGCUGUCGACUCUGGUGCAUUCUCUGUGACACAGUCAAGCGAGAAAUACCAGGACGCCUUGGAUUCUCAGCGGAGUAGCGAGAGAAUGGACACUUUGCGGAUGGGAAUAACACCUCGGGACUUUGACAAUACCGGACAGGAUGGUCCAACGCCACGCGAGGCACAGAAAAGCUCGGGUUCUACACCAAGAGAUGCACACAAUUUCAGUGACACGGGUAUACACAUGGGCUACACCCCGAGAGAUGACGUAUCUGUGUCAACAGGGGGAUUCAACAUGGCGAAUACCCCCCGUGACCUGGUCAGUGUGGAUGGCUUGAAACCCUGUGGCCUGGACUUGUCGCAGGAUAGUAAUGCCAAUGCUAGAGACAUGCAUGUGAGCGGGAGUAGUAGUGCAUCCUUGGGGUUCGCGUAUCAGGGAGAACUGUCGCAGGGAAGCAGUACUGGCAGUGGCUAUAGGAACGGUGUUGGAGCCCCAGCCAGAACCACCAGCACUGCGACUCACGAUACUGAUGUGAAGGAAAUGAGCGUGAUUCAGGAAUUCACAGAAAAUGAGGAGGACGCAGUCAGCGAUGAUAAUGGAGAGGAGGAUGAAAGAUAUUAUCAAGAAUAUUGUGACAUUUUAGACGAACAGGAGAACGAGGAUGAAUCGGACAAUGAGGAGGAAAAUGUUGUUGUACCAAGGACUUUAAACGACGUCUCAGGAAAGUUUGGGGGAAUCCCUGGUCAUUCUGUUUACAUGGACAGCAAUGGACAUGGUGGGUCACCUCGAGAGUUUGUGAGAAAUGGACAGACAAUGCCUUUUGAUAUUAGAGCUAGUGAUUCUCGGGAAUUAAGUCGGACUAAGUUUGAUCGCAAGGAGGCUGAUAAUAUGCUCGAUCUUUCAGACAGUGAAUCUGUGCCUGACCAACUACUUUCUCCUCAUUUACAACUGACGGAACGGCCAUCUUUUAUAGAGAAAGACAGCUGGUUUUCAGACGAUGACCAGAAGGACCAGCGCGUGUCAAGAUUUGGCAGUGAUGCUGGGGAAGGUACGCAUAGGGACAUCCAUUCUCCAUACAGGGUGAACGGUGAUGUGGCACGUAAUAGUCUGCUGCAGGACGUGGAACUGGAAUCUGUGAACUCAGGAAGUCAUAAUACGCAAAACUCAGGAUCCAGGCAAUCUUCACGUGUGUCAUCUGCUGGAAGUGACAGACUGUCGGCCAAGAAUUCCUCAGGACAUUCUCGAGGAUACGAGUCCAAUUUUGUGGAGGAUGACGUUCCUCUUUCUUCUUCAGUGCCAAAAUCGCCAAAAGAGGCAUUCUCAGAGGUGGUGACUGAGUUAGAGGAUUUCUUUGAUCCAGUACGACCUCAGACCAGGAUGGAAGGGCAAAGGUCAAUGUCACCUACUUACGGAUCAAGGUCACGCUCCCCUAAAAUGCUAAAUGAAAGAGUUAACUUUGAAAGUUCAGAGAGCUUUGGUGAUCCCGAUAAUGCUACUUCAAACAUAAAUGGCUACGGUAGUCUCCCAGAUGGAGAAAUACAUGAUUUACCUAACGGAUUUCAAGAGCAUUCUUCCAUGCCAAAUUUUUUCCUUCCCUCUCAACAUUUGGCAGAGUCUAUGCAGGCCCUACAGCAGGCUACUUCAGGGUUUCCUUCCUCUAGUCAACAGCAAACUGACCCCGGGAGACAGGCAGCUAAAGUACAAGCAGCGUCUGACCUCAUGGAAAAGCUGACCACAAAUAACCACAAAGUGAAGUUUUCAACCGUCCACACCAAAGGGAGACAACCUCCCACUGCAGCAGAGACCAAAAGAAUUGCGAAGAUAUUCUCAGAGAAAUUUUCAUCAAAACACUGAUCUGUAACAAUUCCCCAUCUGGGACUUUUAAUCGGCUGUAGUCCAACUUAUGAAUUAGUAUGCAUGGUUAUAUUUAGGCUUUGAAGGAUUUUGAAAUCUCCAUUUGCUGUGACAUAUGAGUUUCUGAUCUGAUUUUACAUGACAACGAAUUGAAUGCUGUGAGACAUGUGUUAAUAUUAUGACAAGCUGGUCUGUGAUAUGCCCUUGAUGCAUACUCCUCAAAAUUCAUCAGUGUGUGUGUGUGUAUCAGUCUUCAUCACAACUCCAUCAAUCUUCAUCAAAUCAUUCAUUGUUCAUCUAUAUCUUCAUCAUCAAAAAUGUCAUUGUGAAAUAAUCAUUUUCAUAGUUUCUCAUCAGAUCUCAAUUAAUUCUCAUUCUAUAUAUAUUUAUUUCUCACAAUUCUCUCUUCGUCUUUUACUGGUUAUGUGUUGUGUCAUCAAAACUAAAUCUAGGGCCGUUUUCGUUUAAACGGUUGAACCGGUCGGACCACAGUUGUUCGUUUAUUCACUCAUUCACCACUG